AUGCAUGGCGCAAACCGUAUCCAAGCAUUGGCCGAACUACGAAACAUGGCGCUCCGCCCAUUGAAAUCGACGACCUCGUCGGAAUCGAGCGAUAAACUGGCGGAAAUAUACGCCUCGGAUGCACACGUCAACCGGGAGGCGCAUAUGACCUGUGCAUUUGAUUGGAUCUUCAACGGCACGGCGUUCUAUGACGCUUGGGUAUCGCGCUCGUUGGUUGGCGAUACGUUCUUUGAAAUCCCGCACGACGGCGCGUGGACAUACGCGAAGGAUCUGUUCUGGAGCGAUCCAGAUGCUAGACAGCGAUUGGAGGCCUACAAGCCUUUCCAGAUAUAUUCGUGCCGGGGCGGGAUGGCUGCCCUUAUUGCGGCGUCGUUUGCUGAUGACACGGUUGAGUUCCGUGCCUCGGACCCUGGGUCUUGGGAAGUUCUGGCUGUGCCUGCGGUUAAUGUCGCAUACUUUGAUGAGGAGGCUGUUGGUACCAAGAUGAUGCGAGGCUAUGUUGGUGACCAUGUCGAACAGUCUAGACCGAGUCUGGCCCAGGAUGAGAUUGUUCAAUGGCAGUCUGCGCCUCCGCCUAUGGUCAAGUGUCUUCCUAGUUUUCAGCAGCCGAGCUGGACUACGCCGCUUUUAUGA